UUGUUCCUUAAUAUUGUUUAUCUUUUUACAUUUAAAGGUAUAAUUUUCUAUCAUUUAUCGAUAAUCAUUGGUUCUUUAAAUGCUUUUUUUAAUAAAGCUACUCUGCAGCAAAUGGAAUUAAAUAAAAAGGAUUGCAAUAGCUUUGAUUAUUUGAAAGUUGAAAAACUUCCGAGAGAUGUGCUCAAAACGUUUUCAAACGAUUUGCCAAAGCACUGGAUGAAACUUGCUCGUUUUUUGAACAUAACUGAUGAAGAAAUAAAUCGAGUUUUAAAUGAAUAUGAUACAACUCGUGAAAAAAUUUAUGAAGUUUUUAGUAAUUGGUGUAGAAAUAAUCCACACAAAAAAUGGCUGGACAUAAAAUCUGGAUUGAUUUAUUGUGAACAAAACGAUGUUCUUUUUAAAUGCGAAAGAAUGCUAACAGUACGUUCAAUAUUUGGCAUCCAACCUUCUUCAGAAAACUUAUUUAUACGUGAACAGGAACUUUCUAAAAUUCAUCAAUGUUUUACCAAUUUAAAUGGUACAAAAAAAUCAACUUUAGUAUUGUAUGGAAUGUCUGGUGUCGGGAAAACACAAAUUGCCAGAAAGUACUGUGAAGUUUAUCAUGCCUUUUAUGAAAAUUUUGUUUGGAUAGAUGCAGCAUUUGGAAAACUACAGUCUUCAAUGAAUAACCUUUAUAAAUUAUUAGGAUUUUUUGCACAAGGUUCACAAGGCAAUUCUUUUGAUAUAAAAGUAAUAAUUGAAAAAGUUCAUAACUAUUAUAAAAAUGAAAAGACUUUGUAUAUUUUUGACAAUGUUGACGAUGAAAGUGUUCGAAAUUUAGAAAUGUACAUUUCAAAGAAACCGAAUUCAUUUACUUUAGUUACCUCUCAAUGGAGAACGUGGUCAAAUAACGUAAAUCAAAUGUUCAUUGAUGUUUUUUCUGCUGAAGAUGCUUUUGCUUAUGUUAAAAAUAAUAUAAAAGAAACCAACGAAAAUAUCAGAAACCUAAUUAAAGAGCUUAGUAAUCAUCCUUUCGCUAUUACUCAAGGAAUAAAAUAUAUAAAGAUACAUAAAAUUUCAAUAGAAAAAUAUAUAAACCAAUAUAGAUCGAGACCAAUAGAAAUACUAGACGAUCAUAACUUUCCGACUGAAGAAGAAUCAAAGUCUGCAAUAAAAGUAAUUAAUUUAGUGUUAUUAAAAUUAGAAAAAACUAAAAAUAUUCCAUUUAAAAUAUUAAACUGUUUAUCAUAUUGCGAUGGUCAAAACAUCAGUAAACAAUUUAUAAUCCAAAUCUCAAAACACAUGACAAUAAAUGAUGAAUACUUAGUAGAUGAAGCCAUUGGUUUACUAAUGAGUUAUUCCUUAUUAGAUCGUUUGGAUGAUGAAAAGUUUCUAAUGCACGAUCUGACACAGUUGUCGGUUAGAUGUUUUCAAAAUAAAAAUUCAAGUACAAAUGCGUACCUUGUUUUAAUGGAAGACUACUUCAAUUUUGAGUUGAACGAAUUGAAAGAUCACGUAGACUACAGAAAUAAUUUUGUUUUUCAUUUUCUUUCCUUGUUUCGUAUUAACCGAAAAAGUAUUUUAAAAACAUUCCAUCAUAAAACCACUCUAAUAAAAGAUUUAUUAGAAUGUAAAGGUUUAUUUCAAGAAGCCAUCGAAAUCUUAAAAGCCAUUCAAAGUUUUAAUGUAGAAACCUAUGGAGAAAAUAAUAAACUCACACUUGAAACAAAAUAUAAUAUUGCAUGUUGUUUGCUCGGAAUGGGAAAAAGCAGAGAAGCUUUAGAAACUUUCUACUCUAUUGAUGAAGUAGCAACUGAAGGUUUAGGUAUCAACCAUUCAUCGACAUUAAUAACAAAAAAUAAUAUUGCAGUCUGCUUGUGCGAAAUGGGGAAAUUUAACGAAGCUUUACAAAUUUAUUCUUACAUUGAUAAACUACAAACUGAAAUUUUUGGUAUCAACCAUUCAAUUACAAUUGAAACAAAACAUAGUAUUGCAAUCUGUUUGAUCAAAAUGGGAAAACUUAAUGAAGCUUUAGAAAUAUUUUAUUCUGUUGAUAAAAUAAAAACUGAAAUUUUUGGUACAGAGCAUCGAUCUACAAUAGCAACAAAAAAAGAUAUUGCAAGCUGUUUGGAUGAACUUGGAAAAUUUAACGAAGCUUUAGAAAUUUUUUAUUUUGUUGAUAAAAUACAAACUAAAACUUUAGGUUUUAAGCAUCCAUAUACAAUUGCAACAAAACAUAGUAUUGCACUCUGUUUGGAAGAAAUGGGAAAGUAUAAUGAAGCGCUAGAAAUUUAUUGUUCUGUUGACAAACUACAAACUGAAAUUUUAGGUAACAACCAUCCAUCUACAAUUGGAACAAAAAAUAAUAUCGCAAUCUGUUUAGACAAAAUGGGAAAAUAUAACGAAGCUUUAAAAAUUUUUUAUUCCGUUGAUAAACUACAAACGGAAACUUUAGGUAUCAAUCAUUCCUUGACUAUGGGAACAAAAAAUAAUAUUGCAAACUGUUUAAAUAAAAUGAGAAAAUACGACGAAGCUUUAGAAAUUUAUUGUUACGUUGAUAAAACACAUACUAAAAUUUUAGGUAUGAACCAUCCAUCUACAAUGGUAACAAAAACCAAUAUGGCAAACUGUUUGCAAAAGAUAAAAAAAUACAACGAAGCUUUAGAAAUUUAUUAUUCUGUUGAUAAAAUGCAAACUGAAAUUUUAGGUAUUAACCAUCCAUCUACAAUGGCAACAAGAAAUAAUAUCGCCAACUGUUUGUGCGAAAUGAAAAAAUAUAAGAAAGCUUUAGAAAUUUAUUGUUUCGUUGAUAAAAUACGAACUAAAAUUUUUGGUAUUAAACAUCCAUCUACAAUGGGAACAAAAACUGAGAUGGCUAACUGUUUAAAUAAAAUGGGAAAACAUAGCAAAGCUUUUAAAGUUUAUUGUUUUGUUAAUAAAAUAAAAACUGAAAUUUUAGGUACCAACCAUCCGUCAGCAGUUAUAACAAAAAUUAAUAUGGCAAACUGUUUGCGCGAAAUGCGAAAAUAUAACGAAGCAUUAGAAAUUUACUAUUUUGUUUAUAGAGUUCAAACUGAGAUUUUAGGUAUCAAGCAUCCAUUAAGCAUGGUAACAAAAAGUAAUAUCAAUUGUUGUUUAAGCUAUUUAGAAAAACGGCAAACAUGCAGUUUAGCAUUUUGGUUUUUGUUUUAAUAUGCAUUUUCAAGGUAUCUAGUCACCUUGAAACAUUCACCUUAAAAAUGUAAAAUCUUUAUUUAUUUAAUAUAGUUUGUAUUAUUA